AUGAAUCCGUGGGUAAAUUACCCAUCUCAUUCAUGUUCACGUUCAUCCUAUGUUAAUGAUUCAUCCAGAUUUAAUCGGACCACCAACAACAUUAUACGUCCCUUAAUGGAAUACAACAAUUCGAAUGAUUCACCAAGCGAUAUACAAGUAAACACGUCCAAAAUGUAUCGUUUAAACAAGAAAAGAAAACAAUGCAUGGCAGAUGAACCGAUGGAACAUAGUUACGAUGAAUCACCAUUUUGUCAACAAGUACGUGAUAUUAAUGUUAAUUGUCCACAACCAUAUACAACAACAUCAACAUCAAUUAAUACAUCGAAAUUUAUUACUGAAGAAGCAAAACGUUUUGCACAAUCCCGCUAUCCAUACUCUCCGAUUACGUUAUUAUUUAAAUCUUCAAAAAUUAAUGAUAAGAUGAUCAUCAACGAAUUGAUAAACUACUGCAAAGAAAAUUAUUCAUUUGGCCUUGAUCUUGCUGGUUUUCAAGCUUUUGAUGGUGCAACAUUUUCAAUUGAACGUCAACCAGUUAUUCCUCCACAGCUAGUAGUCGUUAUUUCAAAUGUUAGUUAUACAACAAAUAUAUUAGAAUUUGAAAAGGACAUUAAAACAAGAUAUAACAAUAUUGUUAAAGUUGUUCGAUUAAAAAACAAGAAUCAAUAUGAUACAAAAUUUGUUAAACUUGAAUUUAACUCAUCAAAAGUACGUGAUGAAAUUUUAGCUAAAGGUUAUAUGAUGAUCAAUUACUUGAAGUAUGCGGUGAAAGAAUAUCUACCACAAGCAUCUAUACUGAUCUGCUCCAACAGUAUGGGACUGUGGCACUUCAGGAAACAAUGUAAACAAACUAGUACAACAUGUAAAGUUUGUUCUGAACAGUUUAAAGAUACUGUCAAUCAUCAAUGUCAAGGUGUAGUUAAAUGUCUACAUUGUGAUGGUGUACAUUAUUCAAAUGAUUUAAAAUGUAAAGUAAUUAAACAAUUUCGUGCAGAUCUCACUAGCUCUCUUUUAUCAUCAGCAUCAAAAUGA